GAUUGGACACCUCUCCAGACGCACGGUGGCGCCUGCUUUGUCCAAAUAUACAUGCUAACAAGAGCCUUUGUUGUGAUUUGCUCGUGACUAUUAUUUUGUUUCUUCAACACCUUUAAGAAGGUACGACUCUGACAAAACAGGAGGAUGAGUGGAGGUGUAUACGGCGGUGAUGAAGUAGGAGCUUUGGUGUUCGAUAUCGGUUCAUAUUCUGUUCGAGCUGGGUAUGCUGGUGAAGACUGUCCUAAGGCAGAUUUCCCCACCGUGAUUGGGGUGACACUGGACAGGGAGGAUGGCAGCACACCAAUGGAGACUGAUGGUGACAAGGGGAAGCAGAGUGGCACCACUUACUACAUUGAUACAAACCAACUGCGGGUACCCAGGGAGAAUAUGGAGGUCAUGUCACCGUUAAAGAAUGGAAUGAUUGAAGAUUGGGACAGCUUUCAGGCUAUUCUGGAUCAUACUUACAAAAUGCACUUCAAGUCUGAACCAAGCAUGCACCCAGUGCUCAUGUCGGAGGCAUCAUGGAACACACGAGCCAAGAGAGAAAAACUAACAGAGCUGAUGUUUGAGCAUUAUAACAUUCCUGCCUUUUUUCUCUGCAAAUCUGCUGUUUUGUCUGCCUUUGCAAAUGGUCGAUCAACAGGCUUGGUUUUAGACAGUGGAGCCACACACACCACAGCAAUACCAGUACAUGAUGGCUAUGUUUUACAACAAGGAAUUGUAAAAUCACCCCUUGCUGGUGACUUUAUGAGCAUGCAGUGUCGAGAGCUAUUUCAGGAAUUAAGUGUUGAAAUAAUUCCUCCUUACAUGAUCUCAUCAAAGGAAGCUGUUCGGGAAGGUGCCCCAGCCAACUGGAAGAAGAAGGAGAAGCUACCUCAAGUCAGUCGUUCAUGGCACAAUUACAUGUGCAAUUGCGUCAUCCAAGACUUCCAGGCUUCUGUGCUGCAAGUUUCAGAUUCCCCAUAUGAUGAGCAGGUUGCGGCCCAAAUGCCAACCGUGCACUAUGAGCUCCCAAAUGGCUAUAACUGUGACUUUGGAGCAGAGAGACUAAAAAUCCCUGAAGGGCUUUUUGACCCAUCAAAUGCAAAGGGAUUGUCUGGAAAUACGAUGUUAGGUGUCGGUCAUGUUGUAACAACCAGUGUAGGAAUGUGCGAUAUCGACAUUCGGCCGGGUUUGUAUGGCAGUGUUGUUGUGACAGGAGGUAACACUCUAAUCCAAGGGUUCACAGACAGACUAAAUAGAGAACUCUCCCAGAAAACACCCCCUAGCAUGAGACUGAAACUGAUAGCAAAUAACACUACAGUUGAACGUCGUUUCAGUGCCUGGAUUGGAGGCUCAAUUUUGGCAUCACUUGGGACCUUCCAGCAGAUGUGGAUAUCCAAGCAAGAGUAUGAGGAGGGAGGAAAGCAAUGUGUGGACAGAAAAUGCCCUUGAUUAAUUUUUUUCCAGCUGGACCAUGCCACAUGGUCAUCUUGUCACUCUGGUUUGUUUUUUCUGAUCCAGGACACUGGGUAGAUCAAUUUUUGUAUGUUAAUGUGAUUGCAUCAUCCUAAAUAUCUAGUGGAGCCUGACAAUUUUAAGAUUGCAGGCUCGUGGACUUUUCCCAAAUACACAGAAGUUCUCUCAUUUGAACAAAACUACACAACCAAAUGUAUUCAUUUGACAUUUCAUGAAACUAAACAAGUUUCCCAGUGGUUGUGGAAAUUCACAGCCAAAGUAUGCUUCCCAUUGUUUGCUCAUAUACAUGUAUUUAAUUUACUUGUUGCCAUCCACAAUGCAUAUUUUAAUAAAACAUUAUUUAGUAAA